CGCGCUCGGAACGGACGUCAGGGGGCGGGCCGCGCCGCGCCCAGGGUGGAUGUGAGGGGGCCGCGCCGUGGACUGUUGUAGGGGCACCGCCGAGACGCUGCCUGGAGGGCGCGGGCGCCAUGGAGCGCUACGCGGGCGCCCUGGAGGAGGCGGCGGACGGGACUCGGCAGCAGGAGCGGCACUACCAGCUGCUGUCGGCGCUGCAGAACCUGGUCAAGGAGCUGCCCAGCUCCUUCCAGCAGCGCCUGUCCUACACGACGCUCAGCGACCUGGCCCUGGCGCUCCUCGACGGCACCGUGUUCGAGAUCGUGCAGGGGCUCCUGGAGAUCCAGCACCUGACCGAGAAGAGCCUGUACAACCAGCGCCUGCGGCUACAGAACGAGCACCGAGCUCUGGGGGCCAGCCCAGAAUGGAGAGCCGGCCGGCUGGGACAGGGACGCUGUCAGCAUCACCACGCAGGGCAUCCUCCCGGGAAACGAACCGUUUGCUCAAACAGGCGCUGCGGCAGAAGCACCAGGAAGCCCAGCAGGCCUGCCGGCCCCACAACUUGCCCGUGCUGCAGGCGGCCCAGCAGCGGGAGCUGGAGGCGGUGGAGCACCGGAUCCGCGAGGAACAGCGGGCGAUGGACCGGAAGAUCGUGCUGGAGCUGGACCGCAAGGUGGCCGACCAGCAGAGCACACUGGAGAAGGCUGGCGUGGCCGGCUUUUACGUGACCACCAACCCACAGGAGCUGACGCUGCAGAUGAACCUGUUGGAACUCAUCCGGAAGCUGCAGCAGAGGGGCUGCCAGGCGGGGAAGGCGGCCCUGUGACCAGGCGGGCUCCCUGCUGGCUGCCCGCUGCCCAGCUCCUCCCCUGAGGCGUGGACACCGCUUUCCCAGCCGCUUGCAGGGGUCGCCCUACUGAGGCCGGUGGCCCCCGGCUGCCUGACUGAGUUUUUCUGUACAAACGCAAGGUUGGUGUCCUAACUGGAAGGCACAGCCGGCGCCUGCCCCAGGACUCGGCGGAGAGGGCUCCUUCUCCCCACAGGCCAGCUGGACCUCCCCCAAGCCCCGGGCUUCUGCUGCUUCUGCUCCCAGGGCGAGGGGCGCCAAGCUGGGCGCCCGUGUGACCCAGAGAAAUAAAGGUGCCUCAGGUAGGCCUGCA